ACGAAGGUUGAGUUACUUGAAUAGUAAUUGCGAUAGAUACAACACGUUUCGAACGCUAGAAGAUCGAGCAUCACAGUUAAAUGUAAUUGCUUAUUUAAAUUUUAAAGUACUUUUGAAAAUAAAAUCUAGGUGUUAAUAUACUUAGAAAUACAUCUUGUACGGUUACGAUAUUUUUCUAUUCAUAACUCACAAGGCACUAACAGCAAGAGAACAUACAAACAUAGAUAACAAUAUGUUUGGGGGCAGACGUUCAAAAAAACGUUCUUGGAACCAUUUAUUUGCUAAUAGACUAUGGCUGGCAAUAGUGAUCAUUUCGAUGACGACGGGCAGUGGUAUGAUAGCAGCGGCCGAAUCGCCUUCGACCACCGUACCAGAACAAACCACCGUGACCAUGCGGCCCAACGUGACCGCGGAUUGCGUGGCACGAGACACGUGCGCAGAAUGCACAGCCGCGGCCCCCGCUUGCAGCUGGUCACUGGUACGACAGUCGUGCAAUGACACGGCGGCGACGGAAAAACAACUGGUCGAAGACCCGGGCGACGACGGUCACCACCACCCACCGACCAAGGCGGUGCGCGAUGCCGGGUCGUGUCCGCGGUUCAAGGUCAACUACCAGAAACAGACCAAAUUGAACACGACAAAUCGCACGGUGAACGUGAAGGUGUCCAACGACCCGACCGGCACGUUCAGGGCACUGCUCGAACGGGGAGGGGUGUGGUGCCACCUGAACGAGAUGAAGUACCCUGGAAAGGUGGAAAGUGGAGGGCGGCAGAUCACGUGCGAGUCCGACUACUUGGAGUCCGUGAACUCAUCGCUGUCGUCGAUGGUUUACUUCGCAACCUCCGUGAACGGCGUCCCGUUGGCGUUCGACGAUAAGAGUGACCACUACUUGGACUUCACGGUGCCCCGGAACGCGUGCGUCACCGAAGACCAGCUGGGCCCGAGUGACGAGUGCAAGGUCUGCCUUUGGGACGACGCCGUGUACCGGUACUACUGCCAGUGGUGUCCCAAGACCAACCCGUGCACCGGAUCGUACCAGCAGUGCGACGUCCGUCGGCUGGCCGACCCUGGUCACUUAGCACCGUUGCAAGACGUGCUGGUCCAAUGUCCCGAGGUCCGGAUCGAGUCCAUCUCACCACUGUACGGAUCGUGGGCCGGUGGAACGACAAUACGGAUCGUCAUCAAGAAUCACCGGACGCUGUCCGAGAAUAAGGUGACCGUGAUCAAGGUGGCCGAUAGCCGGUGCCUGUUGCCCACCGUGUCCAUGGACGGUACUGCCGUCAAGUGCACCAUAUCGCCGACCAACACGAGUACUCUGAACCAGGGCCCGGUGGAGGUGACUUACAGGUCGGAGGAGGACAAGUUGUUACCCACGUUCACGCUUCGGUCCAACCAGAGCUUCUACUUCGUCGAGCCGGUAAUAACGAGCGUAUGGCCUUCUUGCGGCCCGACCACCGGCGGCACUAAGAUCACGAUCCGCGGCCGAUUCUUGGACGCCGGCAACACUAUUCGGGUGUACAUGCGGGAAAACAUUACUUGCGAGGUGCUAUCACAGAGCCAGAACGAGGUGACGUGCAUCACGGGUGCCAGCGACGGUCCCUCCACUACUGCGGUCCGGAUCGAGUUCGACCACUAUCUGAACAAGUACGUGCACGAUCCGCCAUUCGUGUACACGUCCUCGCCGUCUGUGGACGGUGGCCAGGCGUUCCGGGGCAUAGCGUCCGGUGGCACCCAGCUGCCGGUACUUGGCCAGAACUUUGCGUGUAUCCACAACCCACUGGUGCACGUGUCGUACAACGGCAUACAGUACACGGGUGGGUGCGUGGUGCAAAACAACACGUACUUGAUAUGCACGGCGCCUACCAUCAACCGUCCCGCACCGCACCAGGUGACCGCGCUUAAGUUCGGGUUCCAGGCCGACUACAACAACACCUUUGUCAAGAUGCAGCCGCCGACCGGCACUCCCGACUACACUCUGUACCCGGACCCGGUGUACACCGACUUCGACACAGACGGACGCACUGUUACCGUGUACGGCCUGAACAUGGACCAAGGUUACGACUACGAUGCUGACCUGACGGUCCUGUUCCACAACACCGGCGUCCCGUGCAACGUCACGUCCGUGGAAUCAGAUCGCAUCGUGUGCCGGCCGCCCAAACGGCUGACGUUCAAGGACAGCGACGGUCGUUCAGGCGAAGGCCAGAGCGACGAAUACGAGGACGACGAGGACGAAUUACCGGCGGUCCUGGUCAACGACGAGAUCAUCGUGACCGUCGGCAACCUGGUGUACGAGGUCAAGCGGAAGCCGCAGACGCCCCGGUACAGCAGCCCGCUGCGGAUCAAUACCAUCAUCUUCGGUGGCAUUGCGUUGGUGUCGCUGAUCAUCACGAUCGUUGCGGCCGUCGUGUACUGCAUGAAGAUCGCCAUGACCAUUUCCCACCAGCAGACGGAAAUGCGGUCGUUGUGCGAGCACCUUAACGGGGUCGAAAUUGGAACUGGAACCGGAACCCAAACCGAUGGCGCCUGCAAAGAUGACGUCGAGUCGCCUGUGGCGCCGACCAUCAAAGACAGAUCAUAGGGAAAUAAUAUUAAUUAUUGUUAAUAUCAUCAUAAUAUGCACGUCAUUCGUGAUGAAACGGGUCACUUAUUCUCGUGAUUCUAGUUUAUUGGGUUGCAUAGGUAAUGCAGGCAUGUGUAGGUAAGGUGCGUGAGUUACAUAUUAUGGGUUUAUUUGCAUGGUUCUCGUCCAUAUCGUCGGUAACAAAAUAGAAAAUAUUAAAUAAUAAAAAUCUCUUCUCUUUGUAAUUUAUAUAUUAGGUGUUAGGUAUAAUAUCGUAUAUAAUAUAAUAUAAAUAUAAUAUUAACUACCUACCUAUGUGGCUAUAGCUAGGCAUGUAAGAUAAUAUGAUUAUUAUUUAUUAAUUAUAGGUAUAAGUAGCAGCCUGUAAAGAUAGCUGAUAUAUUUAUGUAACUUUAUAGUAUAUUUUCUAUGUAAUAGUAUUAUUAUGAUAGAUUUUCAUACGUGUGUAAAAAGUAAAAUAAUAUUUUUGAUGAUUAUGUAAUAACAUAAUGCAAUACCUCAUAAUUCGGGCUAACUGCGGAGUUUAUAUAAUUAUGCAGUAGUUAAUCUAUAGAUUGUUGUACAUAUUAUAUUUUAAUUUUGAAUAAUUAUUGUUGGAGAUUGAUAAAUUAAACAAUGUUGAUAAAACGAGCGUAUUUUAUGAAAAGAGAAGUCAAUUAAUAUAAUUGUAUAACUUUAUACGGGCCAUGAACUAAGAUACUAUAGAGUAUAAAUACAUUAUAAAACGAAUGACUUUAAUAUUCUUGAUAAAAGUCAAUUUAUCAAUGACGGUGAGUCAUAGUGUCGAGAGAUAUAUAAUUAACGCUAAUAAAAUUUGAGUAUAAUACAA